ACAGCCUCGAAAAGUGGCUUCAUCGGCGCUCCAGUGCAUUGAAGUCUAUUUAUUCUGUGUAUUCUGUGUUUGUUCGUGAUUAUCAAAAUACAAAUACAAAAUACCCAAGUUCUCUUCCAUAAGCACUGAACUCAUGAAACUUGUUUACAUUUCGCAUUUCGAAAAUUAACUUCAUACACCAGUACCAUGUCUCUUAGCUUUUUUUCGUAUGUCUGUCUGUAAUCUGCGAUCUGAAAUAGCCCAUAUAGUCAAUUUUCAAUUGCAAUCUUCCGUCUCAACUUAUUCUCUCCUUUGUUCUGUGAACGUCAAGGGUAGGGAUCCUUUAUCUAUCACCGCUAUCAGAGUGCUGUCGAGAACCUAAUCACAACUGUCGGCAAGCCUUCCAUCUAGGUAGAUGGACAAUCAGAUGUUACACUGAAUCUUGCGAAGAUGGGAAGGUUCCAUUGAUACUUACAAGAGGGCGAUCCAGUUUGCGAAGAGUGAACAUUGCUUGAACAGAUUUUGUCUCAUUGAGUUUGAGUUUCCAUUGGUGCAAUCAUAUCCCUGGACCAUCCAUUUAGCUCUGUACAGAAACUACGUAAACAAACUGAUUGCGGUUGACGCACGAGUCGUAAGGCAAUCCUUCGUAUAUCAUUGGCUGAAUUUAGCAUCUCUUCCCUAUGUAAGAAAAAUCAGGAAUUUCAAGAGCAUUUAUUACAGACGCUGGAUAAUACUCACGGAUCAAAAUCACCAAGAUCCAAUGACUCAGACAAGGCAUCAAACAAGGCAUUUGAAGGAAAUGAUUCAUUCGAAGCAACUAUGAAACACAAUUACAUUCAGAAUUAUCAGCAACAAGGCAAGCCAGAGAAAACUGUAGGAAAUGAUUUUUGGUCCGGGAAGGUGAGAAAAAUGAAGUUAGCUCGUGUUUUCUUGGAGGAUGAUGCUCAAAUCAACAAGAAAUUGCCUCGAGAGCUUUUACUGAGGAUAUUUUCGUACCUAGAUGUUGUAUCACUAUGCCGGUGUGCUCAAGUAUCCAAAGCCUGGAAUAUUCUUGCCCUUGAUGGGAGCAACUGGCAGCGAAUUGAUCUCUUUGAUUUCCAAACGGAUGUUGAGGGACCAGUGAUAGAGAACAUAUCACGUCGAUGUGGAGGUUUUCUCCGGAGGUUAAGUUUGCAUGGAUGCCAGUCAAUUGGUGAUGGUUCCAUGAGAACGUUAGCACAUAUGUGUGUGAACAUAGAAGACCUCAAUCUGAAUGGAUGUAAAAGAAUUACGGACAGUACUUGUCAAUCUCUCAGUCAGAAUUGUAAUAAGCUUCAAAAAUUGGAUCUUACUUCAUGUCCAGCAGUCACAGAUCUAUCAUUGAAAGCUAUAUCAGAUGGUUGUCCAUGUUUAACUCAUAUAAAUAUUUCUUGGUGUGAAAACAUCACUGAAAAUGGUGUUGAAGCGCUGUCUCGCGGUUGUUCGAAACUGAAAAGCUUUAUUUCAAAAGGGUGUGCUCAAUUAACAAACAAAGCUGUGUCAUGUCUGGCGCAAUUUUGUCCUAACCUAGAAGUAAUCAAUCUGCAUGGGUGUUCAAAUUUAGAAGACGAAGCAGUUGUAAACUUAGCUGUCCAUUGUGCCAAUUUGCAUUAUCUAUGUUUGUCUGGCUGUCAAAAACUCACAGAUAAUUCCCUCAUCAUCCUUGCUCAUCAGUGUCCACAAAUCAAUACAUUAGAAGUGGCACGCUGUUCCCAAUUCACCGACGCCGGGUUUCAAGAGCUUGCACGCCAUUGCCGUCUCCUAGAGAAAAUGGAUUUGGAAGAGUGUGUUCUCAUUACAGAUGCAACCCUCAUUCACCUUGCAAUGGGGUGCCCAAGAUUAGAGAAAUUAAGUCUUUCACAUUGUGAAUUAAUUACUGAUGAUGGAAUUCGACACUUAACAGUAUCACCAUGUGCUGCUGAGCACUUGACAGUUUUAGAGUUGGAUAAUUGUCCCUUAAUCUCAGAUUUGUCACUGCAGCACCUUUAUGUGUGUCACAAUCUUCAACGCAUCGAGCUUUAUGACUGUCAGUUAAUCACAAGGCAUGCCAUUCGCAGACUAAGGAUGCAUCUACCUAACAUUAAAGUACACGCAUAUUUUGCACCUCUAACACCACCGCCAUCCAGUGGAAACUCAAGACAGCGGUAUUGCAGAUGCUGUGUUAUUUUGUGAAAAUAACUUCCUCUUGACUUUUUUCUGCCAGCCAUCAUCUUCAUCCUGUUUUCAAUGUCUUUUUUUAUUUUUUAUUGUUGGUAUUUUAUUGAGUAGUCUAGCCAUCGAAACGGAAAUAUUUGAUAUUAUCUACCUUUAUUGAGCUUUUCGCCCUCAAUUUAGUUAAUUGGUCUGGAUUUACCGAACUUAAACGUACAUUUCCUUUUCUUUCUCUUUUCUUUAUUUCUUUUUUCCAUAGAUAAUUUAGAUUUUCUGUCUCAUGCAAGAGCCUAAUGGUCCAAACCAGAAUAUACAUCAAAGAACAUUUUGAAACCGCUUUCCUUCUCCUGGACGAACAAACUUUUGACGUACGUUCUUUCUCGUCUAAAUUUGAAAAGAAAACAUGCCAUGCAAAAAAUUACGUUGAACAUCGAUAUAUUUGUUGCCGUAAAUGCAGAAACCUGGGCACAUUGCGAUCUGCCUAGGCUGAUCGCGAUUUUAGAGAGUACAUGCAAUCCGCAAAUGUGCAUACCCCUAGUGCCCGUCAACACCCCUAGACCCCUGAGCGCUUAUCCGUCCCUGCUUACACCUACACCGGGUUGUUACACACUUCGUGUUGAAGUUAUGGAAAUAGGAUCUUUGGCUUCCAGUGAAUGCUAAGUUUUUAAGUUUUGACAAUGCGUAUACCAUAGUAAUUCUCAAAUAAGGUACCCAUUUUUAUCAAAGCUUCUCUUUUUUUAAGUAAAUGAGUGGAAUCAGAGUCUACAAAUCAGCAGUAGCCGUUUCAUCAAGACAAUCAAAUCACAGAAAUUUUAAGGUAUGUCUCCACUUUUUACUCGGUGAUUUUUAAUUCUGUCUCUUUUUGGUCGAGUUUAUGCUUUGAAUGCACCCUAGCAGCACAAAGACGUAAAAUUUACAAAAGAAAAUUCGUAAAAAAAGACGUAAAACAGACCAAAAGUGAAAUGCCGAUGUAGCCUUUUUUACAAGAAUAAUUCGAAAAGAGUACAAUAUUUUUACGUAAAAAGAUCAAGUUUUUUUUACGUAAAAAGUUAUAUGCAAGAAAACUCCUGCUUCCUAAAAUUGACUUAAAUGAUAAAGCGUGAAGAAAAAAAUAAACUUUUUACCUAUCUG